ACACCAAUUAAUAUCAACCGAUCAACCUUAUUGCUCCUUUUGUUUUUCUGAACUGCGCAUUCAAUCAUGAUCGCCUAUUCCUCGAGGCGGGGCUGGUGAGACUCGAUGACAAAAUGAAACAUAUACUACCUAGGUACGAUACGUAUGGAAAACGCAAGCUGCAACUGGGCCAGAAAAUCCAAGCUUCGGAACAUUUGGGGGUGGUUGGAGUUCACACCCAGCUUGAAGCACAAGCAUGCAUGUGAAAGCAGGGUAGGUCUUCAAACACACGAAUUGAAUAUUUUGCGGUCAGCAGAAUUGUCCUCCAGUGCGUGAUCAUACUACUUUAACUAGUCCUGAUAGCAGAUAUGAAGCGUUAUCUUCUCGUCCCUCUGACCAACCAAAGUCGGUUGAAUACUACUAGUUGUAGCAGUACAGAGAAACUUUGUGAUGAUGGCGGCGAACAGUGUGGACUUGAACGCCAAUUCAAAAGGUGGUCUUAUUGCUGUGAGUGUGGUCAUGCUUGCGGUCGCAAUUAUCGCUGUGCUGCUUCGAACAUGCUCGAUCCUACUCGAUAAAUCUCGCAAACUCGGUCUAGAUGAUCUCUGCGUGACACUUUCGCUGCCUUUCUAUGCAGGCGAAGCAGCCCUGGUAUUCUGGUGGAUUAGACUAGGUCUUGGUCGUCAUGAAUCAACGGUACCACUCGAGGACCUAGCACAGGCUAGUAAGAUCGUUUUUGCCAGUGGCUACUUGUUUAACACAGGACUAGCCCUGCCCAAGUUUUCUGUCAUUCUUUUCUACCACCGUAUCUUCGGGAAAACCACCAAGUGGUUCUACGUGCUGAUGUGGGUGGCCGGAGCCCUGAACAUGGCAUGGCUGAUAACGACAUAUUUCUGCGCUACCUUUCAAUGUUCUCCCGUGCGAGCAGCCUGGACUACUGUUCCAGGCAGUACUUGCAUCCCAAUUGGAAGAAUCUACAUCGGCACUUCUAUCGUCAGCACCAUCGUCGACUUGAUCAUCAUUACCAUGCCCAUGCCCUUACUUCUUGGUUUACAUGCGUCCAAAAGUCGAAGGACUCUAGUGCUUAUUAUUUUCAUCUGCGGAUACUGUGUCAUCGUCACUUCUCUCGGCCGCCUCAUCACCGUCGCCAAAGUGGGAGCAGGUCUGACUCAGGACAUCACCUGGUCCGACGUUACUUACAUCAAAUGGGUGCAAUGCGAAGGUGCCCUCUCGAUAACGUCAGCCUCCCUACCAAACAUCCUCGGUUUCGCACGCCAAAUUUACUGGCAUGGUUUCCGCGUCUCCAUCGCACGCAAAGUCCGUUAUUCUCGCCAGGGUUCAGGAACAGGACAUUCUAAAACACGACAAAACUUUCACGAAAUGAACGCAAUUGCACCAGAAAAUGGGAUCAUUCGAACAACCGAAUGGAACACCACAACAACACAGACCGUCCCGUCGACGAGAUCGACACCCGCGGAUCAAUUUGGGAGUGAAGAAGAGCUGGGAAUCUUGACUGGAAGCCAACCCACACGAUUCUAUUUUAUUGGACGAGGUGAUGAGCACACUAAGGCUUAUCAUCGAUAAUCAGUAGAAUCCUCACCACCCACUCACCGCCUGUAGAUAAUCUUGAAAGCUUCACGUUCAUACUACUCUUUUCCAGUUCCCCAUGAAUUGUAAUCGUCCCAGUCAAAAAUUAAGUUCCGAUACAGAUUUAUCCAGUCUUUUC